AUGUCAAUGAUAAUUGCUCAAACUCCUAAAACUUAUUUCGGUUCUGACAUUCAAAAAUCAUUAGGCUCUCUUCCUGGCUUUCCAUGGGCAAAAUAUCCCGGAGAAAAACAUCUUUACAUAAUUACACUGGUCCAGGUACAAGACAUAAGUUUAAUAGAUGCCAAUAUUUCAUAUCACGAAGAAUAUUUAAACCAUCGCAGGCCGUGGGUGAUACUAAGGGGCAAGAUUUUUACCAAACUCUGUGACAAAUAUCCGAGAUGCGAGUUCAAAAUAAAAGACGGAACUCCCAAUGAGAAUCGUGUACCACAAACCAACACAACAUUAGAAAACAAUUACUUCCCAUCUUUAUUUACUGAAAUGGUUUUGGAAGAUGGUUCAAAUCCCAUAGAAACCAUUAAACACCCUGGGGAAUUUGACACAAUGUUUAAAAAAACAGUUCUAUAUCCCAAAAACAACGAUUCAGUCUCAGGCUGUAUACCCGAUGUUGGUGAUGGAAGAGUUUUAAAAGAACCGAACUUACCAGAUUCUCAAACGAAUAACAAUAAUAUCUUUAGAGUAGCAAUGAACCAAUCUCAAGAUCCUAUAAUCCGUAAAGUUCAAGUAAGAUUAAAGAACGAUAAUUAUCCUAACCAACCUCUAACAAUUAAUCCAUCCACGAAGGAUUAUAAUGAAUUGUAUAGAAACUAUAAAAUUAUGUGUGAAUUAUUUGGAAAUUCACCUCAGUUUGAAUAUGUAGAUUUUGCAAUUAAUCACCCAAUCUUCUGUUUUGAUCUAUCGGCUCAUCAAGAAGAACUUUUCAAAACAGGGGUGAAUAUAAAUAUUCAUAUUGAAAAAACACAAGGAGAUGUAACCGGUUAUUGUUUAUUAUUGAAAGAAGCAAAACAUUUAAUUAAAAUAUCCGACAGACGGAUGAUUCGUAUAGAAUAA